AUGUCCUCCCAACUCUCCAGCCAACCACCAAGCAGCAGCUCCUACCUCCUCACAUAUCCCGCCCAACAUGUCCUCCUCAUAACCAUCAACCGGCCCAAAGCCAUGAACUCCAUCCCCUACAGCGCCCACUGGGAAGCCGAUGCAAUCCUCCAAUGGUUCGACGCCGAGCCCUCCCUCCGCGUGGCAGUUAUCACAGGCACAGGCAAGGCUUUCUGCGCAGGACAAGAUCUCAUUGAGCAAAAUAAAUUGGCACAAUUGCGAGCGGCGAAGGCUCGAGGGGAGAAAGUUGAAAUUCCGGAUCGCAGGUUGUUAACGCAUCCGGUUUCGGGGUUUAUGGGUGUGAGUAGGAGGGCGGGAAAGAAGCCGGUGAUUGCUGCUGUGAAUGGUUUUGCGCUGGGUGGAGGGUUUGAGAUUUGUUUGGGGUGUGAUAUGAUUGUUGCUUCUCCGAAAGCCAUCUUUGGUCUUCCGGAGGCUUCGCGAGGAUUGUACGCUGGAGCGGGAGGUCUUUCUCGCUUGGUGCGUUUGGCAGGCAUGACCGUUGCAAGUGAAGUGGCCAUGACGGGGAGAACACUCUCAGCGCAAGAGGCAGCGCAGUACAAUAUCGCCAACAGGGUAUCCAAGACCCAUGAGUCGGUUGUGGAUGAGGCGCUCGAGCUCGCUUCGAAGAUUGCUGGUCUGUCGCCUGAUGCGAUCAUCGUCACUCGUCAUGGUCUGCGUGAAAGUUGGGAGGAGGCUAGUGUGGAAAGGGCAAGCCAGAACACAGAGCAAAGGUAUGGCCCUGGACUGCGGGACGGUGAGAAUUUGGCAAUUGGACUGAAAGCUUUUGCCGAGAAAAAGCAGCCGAAAUGGGUUCCCAGCAAGUUGUAG